ACUUUUAAAAAUGGUCCCUAAACUAACAUGUUUUAAUUUAAUCACACAGUUGAUUAAUCCUUUCAAGGAAUUCGCACAGAAAAACAAGUCUUGAUCCAGUUCAUUCCACAUGGUGAAGGGGACAGACUCCGGGAGUCUCGCGUUACACAAGACAUUGAUCAAUCAUUGACAGAAAGACAUCUCUCCUCGAGUAGACACUGUGAGAACGUCAAGAACCAGAGAUGAAACUGGUUGCAUUUCUGGGGUGCUUCAUGCUCGCCUUUGCAGCUGUGGGAGCCACAAUACAGCCGAGAGAACCUGGUUGGUCCGGUUCACUUUUAGUGGUCCCGAUGGAUGGGAGUCACUGGACUGGUGUGAAAGCUGUAGCGCAGGAGAUGGGCCGCAGAGGGCACAAAGUGAUGGUGGUCAUUCCAGAGGUCAGUGUACUGUUAGGACCUGGCAAAUACUACACUACUAGAACCUUUCCGGUUCCGUACGGAAAGCAACAACUGGAUGAACUACAAGCUCGGAAUGCUGAAGUAAUGGAGAGUAAGCAGCUGCCUUUGUUGGAGAAGAUCAGCACAAGGAUUAGUAACAUGAGGAAAUUUGUGGACCUCCAAAGAGCCACGGCUGAGAGUCUCCUAUUGAACCAAGAGCUGGUGGACUUCCUGAAGAAGCAAAACUUUGAUGCCGUACUCACCAGCCCAGCUGUACCAACUGGGGCCAUCCUGGCUUAUAACCUCUCCUUACCUGCUGUGUAUAUGUUGCGAGGCUUACCUUGCGGGCUAGACUCGACGGCCACUGCCUGUCCGAGCCCUCCGUCUUACAUCCCACGGUUCUUUACAAACAACUCGGACCGUAUGUCGUUUCGUCAACGUGUGCUGAAUGUUCUAGUGAGCACCGUAGAGCCAUUGCUUUGCAGACUGAUAUAUUGGUCAAUGGAGGGUGUAGCGUCCCGUUUCCUGCAGAGAGACGUAAGUGUGGCAGAGAUCCUGCGCAGUGGAGCCUUGUGGCUGCUGCGUUAUGAUUUCAGUCUAGAGUUUCCUAAACCCUUGAUGCCCAACAUGGUUCUUAUCGGGGGGAUUAACUGUGCCAUAAAAAACCCUCUUACUAAGGAGGUGGAGGAAUUUGUCGAGGGCUCUGGAGAGCAUGGUAUUGUGGUGUUCAGUCUGGGUUCUCUGGUCUCCUCCAUGCCAAAAGAGAAAGCUGCAGUCUUUUUCAAGGCUUUCAGUAUGAUUCCACAGAGGGUUCUCUGGCGGUAUACAGGUGAGAUUCCUGAUAAUGUCCCAGAAAAUGUCAAGCUGAUGAAGUGGCUUCCACAGAAUGACUUGCUCGGUCACCCCAAAGCAAAAGCCUUUAUCACUCAUGGUGGGACGCAUGGAAUCUAUGAGGGCAUUUGUCAUGGUGUGCCCAUGGUGAUGAUUCCCCUCUUUGGUGACCAGGCUGACAACGUGCACCGCAUGGCGACUCGAGGAGUGGGAGUGGUGCUCAGCAUCCAUGACAUCACUGCAGAAACACUGCUUGAUGCUCUCAACAGUGUUAUUAAUGAUGGCAGCUAUGAGCAAAGAAUGGAGAAGCUGUCGGCCAUACACAAUGACCGUCCCAUGCAGCCCCUGGAUCUUGCAGUCUACUGGACAGAGUUUGUUAUGAGACACAAAGGGGCAGACCACCUGAGACCUGCUGCUCAUGACCUGAACUGGUUUCAAUACCACAGUCUAGAUGUGAUUGGCUUCCUGCUUUUUAUUGUGCUGAUUGUAACUCUAGUAACAUUUAAAUGCUGUGCACUUUGUUGGAGACGCUGUUGUAGAAAAUUGCAGAAGAGGAAGAAAGACUGAUAAUAUAGAUUAAAAGGUGGUUUUGCUUAUAAAAGCGCACAUUUUCCACAUCUACCAUUUCAUUUUUACAUUUUCAGAAGAAAAGUUACUUUCAUCGCCUGACAACUGAGCCAGUAAAAUCUCUUUAAAACGCAGCCGUUUUGUAAAGGGGUAGCACACAUCAAGAUUUUGAAGCAGUUUCACCUGUGAAAGUGUUGUUUCUCAAGAUAAUAGUUUUACAUGCUUUCAUUUAGAUAUCACUGGACCACUGUUCACCUAAAACAUUAAAACAGUCAAGCAUUCAAAGCAACCCACUGUAAGAUAAACAGACUGCAGGUUCUAACUCUCAUAAUCAGCUGGAAUUCUGGGUCUCCCAAUUAACCCUAACCUGGGUAGAUGGAGUGUUUAAUGACACAAAUGAAAGGUUGUGUAAGAAAUAUAAGCUUGUCUAAUUUUAAUACAGAUGUUUUCUGUAUUUUUUUAAAGUGCUUCAUCAACCUUAUGAUCAACAUCAAGGCAUUCAGCAUUUUUUUUAUAUAAACAAUUGUUUUUCCUUUAAUUUCAGUCCUAAAUGACCAACAAUCAAUUUUUGUAUAAACAGUAAAUUGUUGUUGUGCACUUGUAGCCAUGAUCUGAAAAUGCACACACUAAAUUGAUUUUAAAUAAAAAUAAAAUUCCAAAAUAUGAAUACA